UUUCUUUCCACUGCACAGCAGCAGUAGAUUGCAGUUGACCAAGGCCAAGUUAAUUGUCGUCUGGCUAACGCCAGAUUAGAUACUAGACGCCAAACUUAUGUGAAGCAUAUAAAAAAUAUCAAUUUAUGGCCAAGCAGUGCCUUUUAACCGCAAUUGGAGCGCAAUUACAGCGCUGUUAAAUCGUGCAUUGAACUGCAACCGUAAGCCAAUUGGAUUAGCAUGCAGUGCGCGGACAUUCUGAUUAGCAGCAAUCAGCAACUGAUUGUGCCCAUCGAAUCCAAUUGGAAACCCAAUUGAGCGGACAGCUAAUCAAUUGGAUUUCAAUGCUUGUUACGCACAGAUGGCGCUUUUGUCGUUGCUGCUCGCCCUGGGACUGUGCCUGUUGCUGUGGCGCAUGCGACAGCUGCUGCAGCUGGGCAGCAGCCUGCCCGGUCCGUGGGCCCUGCCCGGCUUGGGCAAUGCCCAAAUGAUUGGCAAGCUGAAGCCAGAGUACAUCUUUCUGGUGUUUACAGAGCUGCGCGAACGCUUUGGCGCCACCUACCGCCUCUGGGUGGGCCCCCAGCUGUGGGUCUUCCUGCACAGUCCCGAGGAGACGCGCCAGGCGCUGCACGAUCCCACACUACGCAAGGCGGCCACAUUCCAACAGCUCUCGCCGCUCAUUGGCAACGGCCUGCUGAUCAGCCAUGGUGCCGAUUGGGCCGCACAGCGGCGACUCCUAACGCCGGCGUUUCAGCCACAGCUGCUACGCAGCUUUGCGCCAAAGGUGGCGACGCAUGCGGAUCGCCUGCUCGAGAGACUGCAGCGGACAGGCGGCGCUGCCAUCGAGGUGACGGAUCAUUUGUUUGCCUGCCUGCUGGAUGCCAUUGUCGACACUUCAAUGGGACAUCGACUAGAUACUCAGCUGGUGGAGCACUCGCCCAUUGUGGCGGCCUUUCAUCGCAGCGGCGAGCUGCUGUUCAAGAGAAUGAUCAAUCCUCUGCUCUCCUCCGACUUUGUGUUCAGGCGCACGCGUCUGUGGCGCGAGUUGUGCGUCCAGCUGCAGCUGAUACACGAGCUCAUGGAGCGGGUCAUAGAGCAGCGCGAGAGGCAGCUGGUGGAGCCGCAGGACGGGCCACGCAUCCUGCUAGAUGCCAUGUUGCUGGCGGGGCUGAGUCGUCGCCAGAUACGCGACGAGGUCAACACGUUUGUCUUUGCGGGCGUGGAUACCACCACGGCAGCCAUGGGCUUUGUGCUGUACGCGCUAGCCAAGCAGCCGUCGGCACAGGAGCGUCUGCAUGCGGAACUGUCUCAGCUGCCGCCCGGUGGCGCUGCGGAUCUGGAUGCGCUCAACAAGCUAUGCUAUCUGGAUGCGGUGCUCAAGGAGGUGCUGCGCAUGUACACCAUAGUGCCUAGCACGGGCCGCCAGACCACCAAGGCGACAACAAUUGGAGGGCGUCGCUACUGCGCCGGCGUCACGCUCUGGAUCAAUAUGUAUGGGCUGGCCCAUGAUGCACGCUACUUUCCGGAGCCCUACGAGUUUCGGCCAGAGCGCUGGCUGCAAGCGCCAACGGAGUCGGAGGCGACGGCGUCUGCUUACAGCUAUAUACCGUAUUCGGGUGGACCGCAUGUCUGCAUUGGACGCAGGUACUCGCUGCUGCUGAUGAAGCUGCUCACCGUUCGCGUUGUCCAGCGUUUCCGCUUGGAGCUAGCCGAGCCGUUGGCGCCACUGGUCCUGCAGGCCCAAAUGGUGCUGCGUUCCCGCGAUGGCAUACACAUCCGGUUUUUGCCACGCAUCGAGUCCAAGUGAUUCAGUGAAAAGUGCCCGACUACGAGUUACCCACUACCUGUAUCCAAUACGAAAACUGAAAAUGCUUCCGCUCACCUUUAAUUCAACAUAAUGGAAAAUUGUGUUUUUUUUAUAAAUUCCGUAGCUUCUAUGGAACCAUUCGUCAACAUGGUCAACGAUAUUUAUUUAUCGAUCUACUGUUGAAAAUCCUACAAAAUGAAACGUCUGAUGUUGUAUUUUUGACAAAGGUUUUCAUUUUUUAAUAAUAUUCAAUUCAAUUAAAUUAAACCGCACAAGGCCGGGUAAUUUAUUUUAAUUAUAAGGCCCGCGAGCAAAGAACCGUAUAUCGAUGUACAUGGUAGAGUUUGCUACGUGACCGGAAACAGUUCAAUACUAAACAAAUAUAAAUAACAAAUGUAAGAAUA